ACCUACACAACUUAAGAUUUAUAAGGAACUUGAAAAAAUUAAAUAUUAAUCAAAAUGAGUGAAACUAUCCAAGUUAUUACGUCGGAAUUCGUGAAAUUGAACGUCUCUAACUCAUCUAAUGAUGUCGUAUCGUUUGAGAAGAAGUUUGACAAGAAAUUGACAAUUGGAGAGUUAAAAUCUAAACUUGAGGUGCUCACUGGUGGAAAUAAAGGCACAAUGCAAUUAGAACUUUAUUCUGGAUCAAAAUUAAUCUGUAAGAUAGAUAAUGAUGAUGCAUACUUUGGCUCGUACCCUAUUGAUGACAAUAUGCGACUUCAUGUGAUCGAUAAUAUUAUAUCCUUUGAUCAGGAUGUUGACAAAUUUGAAUUAACAGAAACGCAAUAUGAAAAUCGUCAAGAUUCAGUACGAUCAUUCCUUAAACGCAAUCGAUUAGGAAAAUAUAAUGAUGAAGAGAUGAAACAAUUGGAACUGAAAAAGCAAGAAGCUGAAAAGAGAGAACUUGAACGAUUGGAGAAAAUUACUGUUGGAUCUCGAUGUAAAGUAACGACUACUGGACAUCCAACGAGACUUGGAACAGUUAUGUAUAAGGGAGAACUUGAUGGAAAGAAGGGAUUAUUUGUAGGAGUCAAAUUUGAUGAGCCAUUAGGUAUUAAUGAUGGAUCUGCCAAUGGAAAAAAGUAUUUCGAGUGUCAACCAAAGUAUGGAAGUUUUGUUCUUCCAUCUGCUGUAGAAAUUGGUGAUUUUCCUGAAGAAGAAAUCGAUUUUGACGAUGAAAUUUAAAUGCAUAAUCAAAUUGGCUUAUAAAGUAUAGCAUACUCAUAUUAUUCCAUUUCUGGAUGUCCUUUUUGCACUGCUAUUUUUAACGGUU